UGAUAUCAAUUAAUUAAUAGAGUCUUCGUUUGACAUGUUUUCUUUUGCUCAACACUCGAGGGACUUGCACGGUCUAUGCGCACGUGGUUGAAACUCCAGAGGGGGCUGUUUAUCUUUUGGUCCCAUGUGAAGUAAACAGAGAACCGACCGAACCGCUGUCCAGCUCCCUGGUGAAAUGCCGCUAAAUCAUCACCAUCAAUCAUUCUUUCUGACUCUCAGCAAACAUCAAAAAGACAACGUUACCAUGACAACGGAGCAGUAUACAUCACAUGAAUGUGACCGGUUUUCUAUUUCAACUGGGGAUGUUCCUGCAUAGGAGAAUGUUGCUCCAAUUAACGAAGCAAGACAACGUGCAGAGAUUUGACUGCGAAUCUACAUGUGAGAUGAAUGCGAGGUCAAGGUGCAUUUGGAAGGAUCUUGACGUUACCCCAAGUGUGACGUGAGAUGUUCAGGAUAGGCACCACCACGUGCCACGCUCAGAAAGGCACGGUGGAGAGGAUUGUUUCAUGUUGUGUGGAUAAGAAGAAUCAGUGUCAUUCAGUAAGUUGUCUUCUAAGACAUCAAAAGGCGAAGUUGUGGAUCUGAAUAGCUCCAAAGAUCAACGAACGAUUUAUAUACCAGAUUACAAAAGAGGGCGCUUCAUCGUCUCCCCGCCGGCAAUAUGACAGCCGUUGAUCCAAUCGUCUGGAACUGGAAAAGCAUUCUGGCACUAAUCUUCGCCGUAGUUGGUACAAUUGGCAACUCUACUGUAAUAAUUGUGUAUGCCCGGAAGAGGAGUUCUGGAAAGAACGGUGGCAGGCGAACGCCUCGGAACGCCACAGAUGCGUUCAUCUUGAACUUAGCUUUUGCUGAUCUGAUAACAUCAAUUUGCAUCAUACCGCGACCGAAAUUGAGCAAAGUGAAUCAGGAUUUAGGUGGACAGAUUUAUUGUCGAGUUGUCAAUACUGAUGUUAUACUUUGGGUCUCCAUCGUGGCUUCAAUAUUCACACUGACUCUUGUGUCGAUUGAGAGGUAUCUUGCAAUCGUAUACCCCAUCCGGUACAGGACGAUCUUCGCUGGUAACCGGGGACGUCUUGUGCUUGUUUUAAUAUGGUUGGUAUCCCUGGUUCUCAACAGUUUCAACGUGUACUGUGUGGGAAUUGACCCAGUGAAGGAAAGCUGUACUGCAGCUUACCCUAGCCUAGCAUACCAACAGUUUAUAGGAGCGGGGCUUUUCGUUGUGGAGUACUUCAUCCCCAUGGUGAUUAUGAUCGUCACUCAUGUUCUGGCAAUACGGGCGUUGAGGGCGCAUGCCAGAACCCUUUUAUCUCGCAACGAAUCACCCAAUAGCCCCGCCUACUCCCUUCUGAACACCAGACGUAAAGUCAUCGAAAUGUUGCUGACAGUCGUUAUCAUCUUCAUCGUGUGUUGGUCUGGAGACCAAGUCAUGUUCCUUGCCUUCAACCUUGGUUAUGCAUACCCUGAAUACCUCGCAAGUGACAUCUACCAGGCUUUCUUUCUCCUCGCUUUCGUCAACUCCUGCGCAAAUCCCAUCAUCUACACGUUUAAAAAUCAACAGUUCAGGCGGGCAGUGAAGGGACUCUUUAAGUGCCAAUCCAAUCGAGUGAAUGACGUCACGAAAGUUCGGGGAAUUGAGAAUGGAUUAUCUCAGAUGAGUUUGAUUAACGCAUUGUUCUUAAAUAACAUCAGAGCGACUUAUCCUCAACUUCAAAAGCCUGCAGCCCAUGUGCGGCAAGCUGCCAGUGUUCCGUGAACACUAGACACUCGCCCCCUCUUUUUUCAAGAAGGAACUUUACAAACCACACUUGUUCUCAAAGACUUAC